CGUUGUUGUGCCGAACAGCAAAAAGCCGAAAAAUUAAACCAACGGCGACCAGGUUGCUACUGCAGAGGGAGAGAAUAAAAGUGAGAGCUGGUUCGUCUGUUUGUGUCUUUGUGCUGCUGCUGCUGCUGCCGGCGGCCGUCGUAGUUGUGCGGUAGUGUGUUGUUGGUUUGCUGUGUGCCGGUAGUGUCUGCUGCCCGUCUGCCACGUUUUGUACUUUGCUGCCUUAUAUAUUAUAAUAAUUUCUUCUUUUUCACACUCUGCCUGUUGUGAUACCGUGGACUAGUUCUACGUUUCAACUGCCCUCCUAUCUGCAGUAGCUACAAGUGCCGAUAAUACUUUUUGCCACAAUUGUGGCUAUUAAGUAACAUCUGUUAAUCAAGAUAAAAUCAUUGCACUAAAACACUGAGGCAGGUGGAAUCGUUGGUUUAGUUGGAGCGGAACCACGGCUGCUUAGCAGCAGAAGUUCACUUAGUGUUCAUAGUGUCGUUUGAUUAGGACGAAAUAGAAAAAAGCGAACAGCUUCGUUCGUUCGUUCAAAGAGCCUUAAAAUGGAGGAGACUAAUGCAGAUCGUAAUGUUGAGAUUUGGAAGAUCAAGAAACUCAUCAAAAGUCUUGAAGCAGCAAGAGGAAAUGGCACGAGCAUGAUUUCUCUGAUUAUUCCUCCAAAGGAUCAAAUAUCGCGUAUUUCAAAAAUGCUCGCAGAUGAGUUUGGAACGGCAUCGAAUAUCAAAUCUCGAGUGAAUCGCCUAUCGGUACUCGGAGCUAUUACGUCUGUACAGCAUCGCCUUAAACUUUAUACAAAAGUCCCCCCGAAUGGACUCGUGAUUUAUUGUGGAACGAUCGUUACAGAAGAAGGAAAAGAAAAAAAGGUGAACAUUGACUUUGAGCCAUUCAAGCCGAUCAACACAUCACUCUACCUGUGCGAUAAUAAAUUUCAUACGGAAGCCUUGUCUGCUCUCUUAGCAGAUGACAACAAAUUCGGAUUUAUCGUUAUGGACGGAAACGGCGCGUUAUUCGGUACAUUACAGGGGAACACUCGUGAUGUCCUCUAUAAAUUUAAUGUUGAUCUACCGAAAAAACAUGGACGAGGAGGUCAAUCAGCUUUACGUUUUGCGCGUCUUCGAAUGGAAAAGCGUCACAAUUACGUGCGAAAGGUCGCUGAGGUGGCGACACAGCUAUUUGUGACAAAUGACAGGCCGAAUGUGGCAGGGCUCAUCCUAGCUGGAAGCGCGGAUUUUAAAACUGAACUCUCGCAAUCCGACAUGUUCGACCCAAGGUUACAGACAAAGGUGCUAAAAUUAGUGGACGUUUCGUAUGGUGGAGAAAACGGAUUCAACCAAGCCAUUGAACUGAGCGCGGAGGUCUUGUCCAAUGUGAAAUUCAUUCAGGAGAAAAAGCUUAUUGGACGAUAUUUUGAUGAAAUCUCGCAGGACACGGGUAAAUUCUGUUUUGGCGUGGAAGAUACAUUAAAAGGCCUUGAAAUGGGCGCGGUUGAAAUCCUUAUUUGCUGGGAAAAUCUCGAUACUAUGAGGUACGUACUCAAGAAGAGCGCUACGGAAGAACAAGUGGUUCUUCAUUUAACUCCUGAGCAAGAGAAAGACAAGUCUCAUUUUGUCGACAAGGAGACGGGAACUGAACUUGAAAUGGCAGAGAGUUGCCCAUUACUCGAGUGGCUUGCCAAUAACUACAAGAAUUUUGGCGCAACGCUUGAAAUUAUUACCGAUCGUAGUCAGGAAGGCUCACAGUAUGUCAAAGGCUUUGGAGGCAUUGGAGGUAUCCUUCGGUACCGUGUGGACUUUCAAAGUCUCGAAGCCAAUGAGUUGGACGAUGAAGAUUUUGAUCUUGACGAUUUCUAAAAUGAUUCUGGUGAUUCUGUGAAUGAGCGCUAACCGUUGUUGUUUGUUCGCAUUAUUUUCCUUCGGCGGGUCUAGCAGGAGAUUCGUCAGCAAAGAUGACAAACGAAUUCAUAAAAUUACAAUGAGUAACAAAGAGACAGUAAGAAUAGCUUACUGAUUGAAUUACAUUUAGUUGACACAAAGCCAACUUGUAAAGUGUAUGAGCGGAUGCCGAAGCCGCACUUGCUUGCAGACAGGGCAAAAAUUACAAAAUAACAACGAGAGUGAAGCUGGUACUGGUGGGGGGAACAAAUAUACGGCUGCAAAAAAAACACCUUACUCAGAACACAAACACACAGUCACGCGCUUGCACACAUAAAGAGGAAAUAAAAACUGAAGUAUAGAAAGAGCAGCCACACGAAAAUAGGACUGUGCUAUUUUGUAUGCUAAAUGAAAAACAAAA